CCCAAGCAGCAAUUGAUUCACGAAACGGACGCGUCGAGCUCCUAUGCGGCGUCGUUGGCCCCCUUGGCGUGCCCCUCACUAGACCACUAGACCCUAGCCGCGGGCGCGACAAUCGCCCUUCCUGCUUCGCUAACAGUUCACGACUCGCCGCUCGGCGGACAGACAUGGCUGUGCCACACGAGCGCGCAGCACCAAAGUCGCCUCACGUCUCCGAGCCGGCUCUCGCGCCAUUCCUCCAGCCGCAAUUCGACCCCGCCGACUACCUCAACGCCGCGCUGCCCUCGCUCUCGCUAUCCUCCGUAUCCGCCAGACCGCUGAAGCAAGGCCACUCCGUCUCACUCGCGGAGCUUUCCUCCCACACACAAGACCUCCUCUCGCAGCUCAACGCGCACACUACGCGCUUAUCGACCAUACUCACACAAUUGACGGACGACAUACUGCGGAGCGGGGCCCGGCUAGCAUACGAGGUGGAAGUGCUGCGCGGCGAGACAAUCGGCCUAACCGAGACACUCACAGAAGGCCUCAAAGGAGACGUCGAGAAGUUUCUCCCCGGCGGCAUAACACUAGAAGCAAAAGAGGCGCCGGACGAAACACCAGACGCCGUGAACCAGCAUGGCGAAGAGCAGAAGCCCACAACGGCCAAAGAUGCCCCAGACUCCACAACCCCCGACUACAUCACCCAACUCCACACCCUGACCCUCGUGCGCUCCCGCCUCGAAACCGUUAUAAAAGUCUUCGGCGAAGCCAUGCACUGGACCAUCCCUCCCUCCGAAAUCUCCCUCACAUCCUCCCUCAUCAGCGUGUCUGCCCCCGAGCCUGGGACCGACGCCUCUUCGCGAGAACAAAAGGGCAAGGAGUUCGCCGCCUCGCUGCGCUCCGAGAUAUCUGAUCUGAUAACGGGCGAUCCGGAGUCUGGUGCUGCGGCGGCGGGGGUUAGGAUACAAGCGCUGAGGGAUCUGGCGCAGGUAUGGAAAGGGACUGCAGAGGAGAAGGCGAGAAGUAAGUUUAUAGAGGGGUUAGCGAGGCUGGCGGAGGAGAAGCAGAGGGAUGUGGAGAAGGAAAAGGAAAGGAGGCAGCCGAGGGUGGGGAGAAGUGGGAGCGUGCCGAAACCGCAGCCGCCGCCAAUGCAGCAGCAGCGGAGUGGUGGAUUCUUGGACAACUUACAGAGAAUACGCGGGAACUUUUAGAGUGCAAUAUACCCGUGUGUUAAUGCUGCACCGUGGAAAAGCCCUGAGCUGAUACAAGUCACGUGAGGACGCGUUGUGCUCGUGAUAGCAAGCCGAA